AAAAAAACAAUGGGAAGUUGUGAGGUUCAAGAAACACAUGUCCUAAUGGUGACACUAGCCUUUCAAGGCCACAUCAAUCCGAUGCUUAAACUCGCCAAACAGCUCUCAUCAUUAUCAAAGAACCUACACAUCACUCUCGCCACUAUUGAGCCAGCCCGUGACCGCCUCUCAGCCGCCGCCGCAGAAAAAUCGUCGGUGGACCUUGUGUUCUUCUCCGAUGGUCUGCCUAAAGACGCUCCAAGAGCCCCCAGCACUCUCCUGAAGUCACUGAACGAAGUCGGACCCAAGAACUUGUCCAAAAUCAUUGAAGAAAAGAGAUACUCUUGUAUCAUCUCUGUGCCGUUUACUCCAUGGGUUCCAGCUGUUGCAGCUGCUCAUGACAUCCCUUGUGCAAUCCUAUGGAUCCAAGCUUGUGGAGCUUACUCGGUUUAUUACCGUUACUACAUGAAGACAGACUCUUUCCCCAAUCUUGAAGAUCUGAAUCAAACAGUGGAGUUACCAGCUUUACCAUCGCUGCAAGUUCGAGAUCUUCCAACGUUUAUGUUACCUUCUGAUGGUGCUCACUUCAAUCAGCUAAUGGCGGAUUUUGCAGAUUGCUUGAGGUAUGUGAAAUGGGUUUUGGUUAAUUCGUUCUAUGAACUUGAACCAGAGAUAAUCGAAUCUAUGUCGGAUUUGAAACCCGUAAUCCCGAUUGGUCCUCUUGUUUCUCCAUUCCUGUUGGGAGCCGAUGAGGACGAAACCCUAGAUGGUAAAAACCUAGAUUUGUGGGAAUCUGAUGGUUGUUGUAUGGAUUGGCUUGACAAGCAAGCUAGGUCUUCGGUUGUGUACAUAUCUUUCGGAAGCGUGCUCGAAUCAUCGGAGAAUCAGGUCGAGACCAUAUCCAAGGCCCUGAAGAACAGAGAAGUUCGAUUUCUCUGGGUGAUAAGACCAAAGGAGAAAGCCCAAAACGUCCACCUUUUGAAGGAGAUGGUGAAAGAAGGACAAGGCGUCGUUAUUGAUUGGUGUCAACAAGAGAGGAUAUUGAUCCACAAGGCAAUCUCUUGCUUCGUCACGCAUUGUGGAUGGAACUCAACGAUCGAGACGGUAGUGACUGGUGUUCCGGUGGUGGCGUACCCGAGCUGGUCUGAUCAGCCCAUUGACGCGUGGUUGCUGGUUGAUGUGUUUGGAAUCGGAGUAAGGAUGAGGAAUGACGCUGUUGAUGGUGAGCUAAAGGUAGAGGAGGUAGAAAGAUGCAUGGAGGCCGUGACAGAGGGACCUGAUGCCGCAGAUAUGAGGAGGAGAGUGGCUGAGUUGAAGGAUGUCGCGAGAUCAGCAUUAGCACCUGGCGGAUCUUCGGUUCGGAAUUUGGAGUCGUUCAUUAGUGAUAUCACAACCACCUGACUCUAGUUGCUUUGUGACAGGGUCAUCAAAUUUGUAUAUCCAAAAGAGACUCUCAAGAAUUUAUGGAUUCAUGCCCAAGUUGUCUAGAUACAAAGAACCAAACUCAUCUAAAUGAUUGAUAAAGUCUCUCAAAAUUAAUUAGUGUCAACAGUUUUAUUCUUAAGAGAAUCAUAAUUAAA